AUGAGCCAGUCAACAAAUUCCAAUGUCGACACAGACGUUAUAAUCAUCGGCGAGGUACCAGCAGCACCAAGUGCUCAAGGAACAUUUGUUGUUCCUAUGGGACCCAUCCGCUCUAAUAUCGGUAGAGGCCGUUUUAAUCCAGCUCCUCAAGGUAGGCCAUCCCCUUACCCAUUACCAAGAGCUCGUGGAGCCACAAGUUCUCAAAAUAGAUCAGUCAGUCAGAAUCUUAGAACCCCUGAAAUUAUUGGAACUAAGUCAUCAACUACUGUUAAUCGCCAAACACCUGGAAUGGCACCAUACAACUAUGCAGCUAUUCAAGCUGCUCAAACUUGCCAGACUCAAGAGGCAGCAUUGAGACGUCAAUGUGAAGAAGACACGGCUCACUGCAGACAAGAAAUUCUGAAAUUCAAGCCGAAGAUUGUGGAGGUCCAAGAAAGAGUUGAUGAUUACAACGAGAAAUUUGUGCAGGACAUUGAAAAAGAUAAAUUUCUACGCGGGAACUACAAUAAAAUCUUGAAAUCUCACUCAGAAAAACUUGAAGAAUCCAUCAAGAGAGAAUAUAAGGAGUUGGAUGGAAAAAUUGCUGAAGCUGAGAACCAGGAGGGAUUAAAGAGGGAGUUGAAGGAGUUGGAACGCCUCCAAAAGUUAAGAAAGAUGCUGGCUGAAAAUCCACACUUCGAGGAACCAGCUCCAGAUUCGAAGGCUCAUGAUGCCAAGCAAAUCCGUCAAACUAUGAACAAGUUUGGAUUCGGAACCAAAAUGACCCAAGACUUGGAGGAACUCCGCAAAGCCAUUGCAGCUUUUUCGAAGACUGAAGAGCAAAAUGUGGAGGAGGCCACCAGUUUCGAGCAAGGCGUGGAGAUUUGUGGCUCUUUGGGUCACAGACUUGGAGGAAUUGGAAAUUCAGACCUUACCCCUUGGCUCUUCAACGUAAAGGGUCUCACUGUCAUCCCACAAAUCGUGAUGACUGCCCCAAAAAAUGGAGAGGAGGCGUAUGAGACACUCAGAAAAGACAGACCAGAGAAAUCUCCCUGGACCGAUCUCACCUCACGAGUCAAAUGUGAAUGGAACCGACGUGCAGCUUACAUCCAAGCGUUCCAAGCGGAACAGGAGGUCCGUGGGUUGGUCCUUCCAAUGAGUGCAGUUGUGAAGGAGAUGGGGGAGACAAUGGCGGAGAAAAUGAGAGAAGAGGAGGAGGAGACGAUGGAUACCGUAUGA